AUGGUCAACACGGCGCCACUGGCUGCUUUAGUACCCUUGGCGACACUGCUUUGGCUCAAGGCAGCCGACUACAUACAGAUUUCACGCGACAAAUGGGACCAAGAGUAUGAUUACAUUGUCGUUGGAGCCGGCUCUGCUGGAGCUGUACUGGCGAAUCGCCUGUCUGAAGACCCGGCCAUAAAGGUGCUUCUCCUCGAAGCAGGCGGCUCGGAGAAUAUAUUCUCCGACAUUCCCAUAGCUGCUGCCACACUGCAACUGACGCCCGUUGAUUGGGGAUACAAGACUGAACCGCAGGAGCUGUCUUGUUUUGGCUUGAAAGGUCAGCAAAGCAAUUGGCCUCGAGGCAAAGUUCUCGGCGGAUCUUCAGUGCUUAACUACAUGCUCUACGUGCGAGGCAACAAGCGUGACUACGACUUGUGGGCUGAAAAUGGCGCCUACGGCUGGAGCUGGCAGGAUGUACUUCCCUACUUCAUCAAGUCGGAAGACAACCAAGACCCGGCUGUGGCAGCCAAUGGCUACCAUGGGACGGGUGGUCUGCUCACCGUCUCCAAUCCGCCCGAUUCGACGCCCAUUUCGCUGGCUUUUACCGAGGCUGGCAAACAACUGGGCUACGCUAACAUCGACUACAAUGGUCCCACGCAGACUGGCUUCUCCAUUCCCCAAGCGACCCUUCGCAAUGGUGCUCGCUGCUCAACCUCGAAAGCCUUCCUCUCCUCUGCCAAGGACCGGGCAAACCUGCACGUCAUUACCUUUGCCUAUGUGACCAAAGUCGUCUUCAAUGAGUUUAAGCGUGCCGUUGCUGUUCAGUUUGACCGCUUUCAGCUAAGCCAUCAGGUGUACGCGCGCAAGGAAAUCAUCCUCUCGGGCGGUGCAAUAAACACUCCUCAGCUGUUGAUGCUCUCCGGUGUGGGGCCUCGUGAUGAGCUGGAAAUGAAUGGAAUACCGGUGAUUGCCGAUCUGCCGGUCGGAUACAAUCUGCAGGAUCACAUUUAUCCAGGCGGGGUGCACUUUACAAUUAAUAAGAAGUACUCUAUGAUGCAGCGAAGAAUUACGUCCAUUCCAAAUGUGAUCAAGUACUUUGCUUUUGGAAGAGGCGGUGUAGAGGGGUUGGCCUUUAUAAACACCAAAUACGCCAACAAAUCCGACGACUGGCCGGACUUUGAGAUUCAUCUUAUCAGUGGUGGUCCUUCCUCAGAUGACGGUCAAACCUUCCGCAGAGUCUAUGGCUUCACCGAACAACUUUGGCAGCAGGUCUUCAAACCGUACAUAAAAUUCGACACCUUCAGCCUCUACCCAGUCAUGCUGCGACCCAAAUCAACCGGCUACAUCAAAUUGCGCUCUUCAAACCCCUACGACCACCCGAUCAUUGAUCCAAAAUACUUUAGUCACCCGGACGAUAUCAAAACCAUGGUCGACGCAAUGAAGGUCUCAAUCGCCGUCGGUCUGACGCCAGCAUAUCAGACCAUGAAGGCUCGCCUUUUUGAAACCAUCUGGCCUGGUUGUGAGCACUAUCGAGUGUGGAGUGACCGGUACCUGGCCUGCGUUGCUCGAACAAUGACCUCCACUCUGUACCACCCUGUGGGCACUGCCAAGAUGGGUGCCCCGUGGGACCCGACUGCCGUCGUUGACCCCGAACUGCGAGUCCUCGGUGGCGUCAAGGGACUUCGUGUUGUUGACUGCUCAGUUAUGCCAAAAAUAGUUUCCGGAAACACCAAUGCUCCGGCGAUCAUGAUUGCGGAGAAGGCCGCAGAUAUGAUCAAAGGAGUUAAUUUACCGAG